AUGCCUUAUCCCUCCCCCUAUCCUCCAAUUGACAUCCCGGUCGUCGAUCUGUGGAAGUUCCUCUUUGAAAACGAGAAGCGCGAGUUCCCGGAUGACAAAGUUAUCUACCAGGAUGCAGACACCCUGCGGUCAUACACCUAUGCCGAAAUAAAGUCCACAGCCAUCACGUUCGGAACAGGUCUCAGGGCUUCGUUUGAUUGGAAGAAGGGUGAUGUGCUGGCUCUCUUUGCGCCGAACGACAUCGACAUUCCGCCAGUGCUAUGGGGUACGCAUUGGGCCGGUGGUGUAGUUACACCCGCUAAUCCGGCAUAUACAGCCGACGAGCUUGCCUUCCAGCUUAAGAAGACCCGCGCGCGUUUUUUGGUAACGCAUAUGUCUUGUCUUGAUGUUGCUGUGAAUGCAGCGGCGAAAGUUGGGCUUCCAGACGACUGCAUUGUAUUGCUGGGCACAGAGCGGCAUCCGGCCUUGAAGUAUAAGCACUUCUCCUCUGUGCGCAACUUGUCCGGCGCAACAAGGUAUCGUAGGGCACGCAUUGACCCAAAGAAGGACCUUGCGUUCCUGGUCUUCUCAUCUGGAACAACCGGCGUGCCGAAGGGGGUUAUUUUAAGCCACUAUAACAUAGUAUCAAACAUACUUCAGCUUAAAGCGGGUGAGGAAGGCAAUCUCACCUGCAAUGGUGGGCCGGAUGGCAAGGGAGACCGCAUGCUGGCUUUUCUCCCUUUCUUUCAUGUUUAUGGAUUGACAUGCUUGAUUCAUAGCUCGAUGUACUCUGGUUACCAUCUAUACGUCAUGCCUAAAUUCGACAUUGAACGAUGGUGCGCCCAUGUACAGAACUACCGCAUCACCUUCUCAUAUGUCGUACCUCCGGUCAUUCUACUACUGGCCAAACAUCCAGCAGUCUCAAAAUACGACCUUUCAUCACUUCGAAUGAUGAACUCUGGCGCUGCACCACUCACAUCUGAACUUUUAGAAGCCAUGCACAGCCGUAUCAAGAUCGGAGCCAAGCAAGGGUAUGGCCUCAGCGAAUGCAGUCCGACAACCCAUACCUUGUCUUGGAAGGACUGGCACCGAAAGGUUGGAUCGGUCGGCAAGCUUCUACCAAACAUGGAGGUGAAAUAUAUGACCAACCCUGAAGACGGAUCGGCACCUGUAGAGGUGCCAGCCGGACAGACGGGAGAAGUCUAUCUCCGCGGACCCAAUGUAUUUUCAGGAUACCUGGAUAACCCCACGGCAACGGCUGGUUGUCUUUCUGCAGACGGCUGGUUCUGCACCGGUGACGUGGGCCAUCAAGACGAAGAAGGGAACCUGUACAUCACCGAUCGUGUCAAAGAGUUGAUCAAAUACAAGGGUUUCCAGGUUGCGCCCGCAGAACUUGAAGGAUAUCUAGCCUCACACCCAGACGUGGACGAUGCAGCCGUCAUUGGUAUCGAAAGCGAGCAGCACGGAAGCGAGGUGCCCCGUGCAUACAUCGUUCUUAAACCCGGUGUUCAGAAGGGGGACAAGACGGCAGAAAACAUAGCUAACUGGCUAGCUGGCAAGGUGGCACCAUACAAAAGACUUAGAGGAGGAGUCAUAUUCAUCGAUUCCAUACCCAAGAGUCAAAGCGGGAAGAUUCUCAGGCGUGUCCUGAAAGACAUGAUCAAGAAGGAAAACAGCAAGGGCCAAGGCUAA